AUGUCGGAUGCGGAUUCAAAAAUCAUGAAGAAGUUGUUAAGAAAUUCGUAUUACGACUUAAUGGAGAAAAGUGUAUUAAGCAGUGAUGACGCCGCAGAGGCAAUCGCUGAGCACUGUGUAUAUUAUGCUGAUAAGUGUGACAAAGCCGCUCAGGCAGUUUACGAUUAUUGUGUGAAAAUGAAAAGAAUUAAUUGCGACACAUUGAUUCCUGAGGGUCUCGAGAAGCACUGCAAGGACCAUCCUGGAUCACCACCGUGUACAUGGUCGAUUCCCACCAGUACUUUAAGUACAACAACAACAACUACGACUCCAUCUACCACCACCAACCACAUCUCUACCAGUGCGAGUAAUAUUCCGUUGAUCAUCGGAGUAGUUAUUGCUACUUCUGUUGUCUUCGCUAUUGGUAUUACUUUGUUUUUCUGCUGCCGAAAAAGGAAGGACCCGUCUUAUGGAGGAGGAUCAAAGGGAACUACUCAAACUGCCGUUGUGUCAAGAAAAACUAAAAAAGGCACAACCACUGAAACGACUGGAACUAGAACCACAGAGAAGUCAAAAACUGGAAAGAAAGCCAAGAAGGGCAAGAAAACCAAGAAGACAACAACGACUGCUUCGUCUGGUUAUUGA